UAAGAGUGCGCUUUAGUUGCAGGCUGAGCGCCGCAGAUUUCGCGCGGGGCGGGUAUUGUCAUUGUAUUUUCACGUGACAAAAUAAGUUUUCUUAGGAUAUUUAAUAACAAAUCACGUGAAAAUGCCGCCGAAAAAGCGGGAGAAAGAAGUGGAUGGACAAAGAGGUCCUCGAAUGGAUCAAAUACAAGCAGAUCAUGAGCUAUUCCUGCAGGCCUUCGAAAAGCCAACCCAGAUUUAUCGAUUUUUACGCACAAGAAACCAAAUUUCACCAAUAUUUCUAUAUAGAAAUUUAACUUACAUGAAGCAACGUAUGUCCAGAAGUCAUAAGUCUCGAAGAGGAUUUAAAACUGACAUGAUAUUGGAAAAAUUAAUGUCAAAAAACAAACAAGAGGAAAACCCAGGUGUUCGUGGAUAUAUGACUCUUACUUUUUUAGGUUUUUAUGAUAAGAAAGUUGAAAUACCUCAAGAUCCAGUAAAAGUAGAAACAUUGUUGUUGAAAAUAUGUCACAAAAAACGAAAAGAUGUGAGUUCACCAAUUAUGCAGGUUUCUGUUGGCACAAGCGAAGUUCCAAUAAAUCCUUGUGAAAAUCAACCACCUCCAAAAGUACCUACUAUAUCUAUACCUAAUGAGAGCUUCAGUUUAAAUAAUGGUCAUGUAGCAAAGACCUAUAUGCUUUUACUUAGAGUUUAUUGUACAUCAAAUACUGGCUGCCUUAUGCAUAACUGUGAUUUAGAUGAACCGGCUCAAAAACGUCGUAAGUCUUCUACUGGUUCAAUUAAAACUUCAGGAGAAGAAGUAAAAUUGUAUGGUUCCGAACUGAUAGUAUAUGAUAAACAUAAUAGAUGUUUGUUGACCGAUGGCGAUUAUGAAUUAGGUUUACAAGAAGUACAAACCAAUAUUCGAUCUAGCCCAAAGAAGCACAGCUCUUGGGAGUCUGUACCUGACAUCAAAGAAUGCGGUCCUUUUGAAGUAUUUAGCAAAGGACCAACAUUAAAGUUUCGACUUAAUUGGACGACUGAACCGAGUACUGGUUUAGUUGAUAGACCAUCUCCGAUACAUACAGCACCAAACGGUGAUAAUAAAGAAAAUCGAUCAGUAAAUACUGGUCUAGAACGUUCUUCCACAAAUAAUAAUAGUAGUAUUAACAAUAAUAACAAUUCUACACUGCCAACACCUAGUCCUCUUAACUCUUCAAGAAUGACAACACCCAGUGAAAAGUUGGACACUUCUACGGGUACUCAGCAAAUAGUUUACCAGUUCCUGUACAAUAAUAAUAGUCGUCAACAAACAGAAGCUUGCGAAGAUUUACAUUGCCCUUGGUGUUCGUUAGAUUGUGGAAAGCUCUAUUCGUUGUUAAAACACUUAAAACUAUGUCAUUCACGAUUUACAUUCACAUAUGUGCCAAUUCCACAAGGUGCUCGUAUAGAUGUAGCAAUAAACGAAUGCUAUGAUGGCUCCUAUGCAGGAAGCCCUCAUGAAUUGAUAUCACAACCUUCUAGCGUAGCUUUUUCCAGAACAGGGCCAACAAGACGUACAAGUGUAACAAAUAUUUUAGUAUGUCGCCCAAAAAGAACUAAACCAAGUCUUUCAGAAUUUCUGGAGCUUGAUGAAAAUGAGUACGAAAGCCAAAGACCUUACAUUACAGGACAUAAUAGAUUAUAUCAUCAUACUGUCACAUGUUUGCCUAUAUAUCCAAAAGAAAUGGAUAUUGAUUCUGAAGGAGAAAACGAUCCAAAAUGGUUGCAAACUAAAACGAUGAUGAUGAUCGAUGAUUUUACAGACGUAAACGAAGGAGAAAAAGAACUUAUGAAAAUGUGGAAUUUACACGUUAUGAAAUAUGGCUAUGUAGGAGACUGUCAAAUACCAUUGGCUUGCCAAAUGUUUCUAGAAACUAAAGGAAAGGAAUUGCUCAUGAAAAAUUUGUAUCGUAAUUUUGUUCUACAUAUGUGUAGUUUGUUUGAUUUUGGCUUAAUUAGCCCUGUGGUUUUAUAUCAAACAAUUCAAAAAUUACAAGAGAUAAUGAAGGAAGGAGGUGAAAAUAGUGAUAUUCGAAAAGUUUUACAAAAGUCGCACGAAGCUCAAGUUGAAAAAUGGCUUAGUUCAGGUUUUCAUGCAUCUUUAGAUACUAAACAAAAUAGUACAACUGCUAAAGUAAAUUUUAAUAAUGACGUAUCAAAUUCUAAUGCAAGACGUAAAACCUCUUUACCUCUUGGUUCACCAAAUUCGCAAUCCGUGAAAACAACGGUAUCUAUCCACAAUACUAUUACUAAACAUGCUAACAUGAUGUCGACAACAUCGAAUAAGACUGUAAAUCAUAAUAGUACAAUACAAAACUCUAUUAAUAAAAAUGCUAAUACAUUUACAUCAAUGCAAAGCGGUGCGAAUAAAACUGCUUCUACAGUUUGUAUAACGAAUACUACUAAUAGUAAAACUUCUACAACAGUGUCAAUCACUAAUGGGAUAUCCAAUCAAAAUGAAACAGGACGAAGACAAGCGAGUGAUAUACCAACUCGGCGUAAAAGUACAAAUUCGAUAAUUCAGAUUUCAGAGAAUACGACACUUUUACGUCGAAAGUCAAUGGCCAGUGAAAAUGCGACUACCGAGUAUCAUAGAAGAAAAUUGAUUUUGGAUCCAGUAUCAAAUAGUGGUAAUGCUAACCAAAAACCACCCCAAAGUGGAAGUAGCUAUUAGUAAUCAGUAUGCAUACGCUACUAAUUGUACAUUUUUGUACAGCCGCGUGCAACGAAGGCUUUUGUCGGCUAAAUGAAGAUGUAAGAGAAGUGUAGGGGAAGAAGCCAUUUAGUGGUUUAAGAAGCGUGGGAGACGAUGAUAGGAAGUUACCUAUUCUGCACAUAAAAAAUAACGGUGAGUCCGAUGGGAAGCAUCUUCCUUCUCCUACACUUGUCCUUAACCGAGAGAAACCUAAUUGCGCACGCGUUUGUACGGUAUUUGUUGCAAAGAAUAUAAUUAUAAUUAGGAUGAUUGACAUUUAGCUAAUAUUUGAUAAUCAUUGCUCUAGCCAUUAGAUGAAUUUUCUAUGAAUUUGAAAAUUGUAAUUGUAAAAAUGAAGUAUGCAACAAAUUUUAAAAGAAAGGAAAAAAUAAUGUAAACAAUUCCCAUAGUUUUAACUAAAAUUUGGAAAUAAUUGAAUGUGGAUACAAAAAAAAAAAAUUUAUUUUUUUGAACAUACGUAAUCGAAAACCUAAUUUCAUAAAAAUAUAAUAUACCCGUUCUUUCUUGGUCUAGUCAAUAAUGCUUUUUAUGUUUCCAAUUUUCUAAAGCUUUUUAUUUGCUUAAAUAAAAUUGUAUUGCCUCGUAUACUUACAAUUUUAAAAACAGAAUUACAGAAAACAAGGGCACUGAAUUCAUACUUAGAUAUGAUAGCUUAUUCUUUUAUACGAUAAAACAAUUGUAGUUCUUGUGUAAUGUUCAUUUAAAUUAUUUGAUAGAUGAAUUUAAUGUCUAAAGUUAAUACGAAAUUAGAAAAGCUAGUACAUAAUCUCUUGAAAGAUGGGACCUUGGUACAAUUACUUCAGAUAUACCUUGUAAAUUUAAUUCCAUAUAAAACUGAGGCUGUAAAUUAUAAGUUUUACCCAAAAAAUGAGGAAUGAAGUGUUAUAUAAAAGUGCCUUUAUGAAGCAAGAAAAAUCUGAAUGUGAGAGUGACUAUCGCCAAUUAGUGUUUUAUUUUUUUUCAACUGAGUAUUUGUACUCACUUAUGCGUUGAAAAAAUUUUAGUUAACAUAAUUCGUUUGCCGAUUGUCGUUCUCUCAGACAAACUUGUGGAUGAAAUUUAGUAUAUUACAAUUAACUUAUCCUAAGUGUAAUAUACGCAACUUUACUGCCGAUAAUCGUUCGAAGAAACGUUUACAUUCCCGUACGUAGUACGUGACGUUUCUUUGUAAUUUAAUUAGCUGAAGUUUUUGAUCUUGUUUAAGUACAUAGCAAGUAUUGAUUUUUAGUAAAUCUCGUUCUCUUCGAACGACUUUAAUCACUGUCCAUUAAUAUUACUACUUAUUCUAGGCUGUAAAUACAAAAAAAAUACAAUAAAUAUGGAAACCUAAUAACUUAAAA